GUUGAAUGGUAUUUUCAUCAUUUGCCGCAGACACACCAUACCAACAACAGUCUGGGAUUUAAAAUGUCGAAUCCGGACCGUUUCUCUCUUUUCCCUCUAUUGCGCAUUGAGAUCCUUUGUGGCUAUCCGUCUCCCCCAUUUUUUGUUUUUCCCUCUUUCUCUUUUUUUUACAUCAAUUCACUAUGGCUGUCGGUAAAAACAAGCGCCUUUCAAAGGGAAAGAAGGGUUUGAAGAAGAAGGUUGUCGAUCCUUUUACUCGUAAAGAUUGGUAUGAUAUCAAGGCUCCUUCCAUGUUCGAUGUUCGUCAAGUGGGUAAGACUUUGGUCAACCGUACUCAAGGUCUCCGUAAUGCCAAUGAUUCUUUGAACGGUCGUGUUGUUGAAGUGUCUCUUGGUGAAUUGGCCAAGGAUGAAUCCCGUGCCUUCCGCAAGAUUCAAUUGAAGGUGGAUGAAGUCCAAGGCAAGAACUUGUUGACCAACUUUUAUGGUAUGGACAUGACCUCUGACAAGCUUCGUUCUAUGGUCAAGAAAUGGCAAUCCACUAUUGAAUGUUAUUUGGAUAUCAAGACUACCGAUGGCUACCUUGUCCGUUUGUUUGUGAUCGCUUUCACUGCCCGUCGUCGUAACCAAGUCAAGAAGACCACCUAUGCCCAAACUGCUCAAAUCCGUGACAUCCGUAAGAAGAUGUUUGAAAUCAUGGCUGAAGAAACCAGUGCUUGUGACUUGAAGGAAUUGGUUACCAAGGUCACCUCUUCUGCUUCUCAAUCUGCUCAAGAUCAUAUUGCUGCUCGUAUUGAAAAGGCUUCUCAAUCCAUCUACCCUCUUCAAAACACUUACAUCCGUAAGGUCAAGAUUCUCAAGGCUCCUAAAUUCGAUGUCUCUCAACUCUUGGCUCUUCAUGGUGGUGCUGCCGCUGCUGCUGAAGAAGUUGGUUCUAAGAUCACCAAGGACUUUGUUGAACCUCCUGUUUUGGAAUCUGUGUAAAUUCAUUUAUUAUUUGAUGUAGUGUAGUAAUUUUUUUUUUUUAUUCUUCUUCUUUUUUGUCAUUAUUUUGUGAUUUUACCUUGAUGGAUUUCUCACAUAUAAAACCAUCUCUGUCUCCCCUCACACACACACAGUAUAUAUUCAUAUUUUCUCAUUAAAAAUAAAAAAAGUUAUUUUUCAAAUAUCCC